GCCCCACGAUGGCGCGGGCCUGGGUCUUGACUGGGAGCUCUCCCAGCGGCUUGCUGCAGGCAGCGCCGAGCGCGCCGGGCGUGGCAAGCCUUGCACUCUGAGCCACCCGCUUUCGAGCGGAGGCUCAGCCUUCAGAUGGAGCCGGUUGCCCAAGGGCUGUUUCCAGGAGAACCCCACG